AAAUCUCUGCCUUCGAAUUCAUCUUUCUACUGCUGAACGACCUAAUCCUCCUUAUCCUAUCACAAACAAAACAACCGUGAAAAUCUGCGUACCCCUUUCUCUCUUCAUCUGCAAAAUCUUCAUUUUCAAGCAUUCUCUCUUCUUUUGCUUCUAAUCCUUGAAACCAUGAAACCAAGUCAUCUCCCUUUCCAUGUGUUUCACUUUCAUCACAAGCACAAGGUUUCGACUCAUUCAUUUUUCCUUUGAUACACAACAAUUGGCCUAUCUUUUUCAUGGAAAUUAGUCUCUUGGUUAUUCUAUGUUUGUGUUUUUUCUCUGAGAAAUUUGAAGCUUAUUCCUUGAUAACAUCCCUGUUCCGUUACUUGAUGAAAACCCACAUAUGUAAUCCACUCUUCUUCGUGAUCCAUGUUUCGGAAUCUGUUCAUGCACUUCCUGAAAUCAAUUCACACGUUCAGAAGGAAAAUACCUUUUGAUUGUUUGACUUGCCAUAUUUCAUAUAAUAAUACUAAUUUUCCUUAAAAGGGCUUAUUGAACCACCUCAGUUAGAACCCCAAUGGCGGCCUCAUGUUUCCAUGCACUUGGUCUUCGAAAGUCAAAGAGCAAGUCUUUACCAAACCCUUCCUCGUCGAGACCCCAGUUCAAUUCUGACAUGGACAGCAUGGAGAGGAAGAGAUUUGAUAGUUUGGACUCAUGGUCUAUGAUAUUGGAGUCGGAAAAUGUGGAAACUUGGGAGGUGUCAAAGGAGGACCAGGAGGAGUGGACUGCUGAUCUUUCUCAGCUGUUUAUUGGCAACAAGUUUGCGUCUGGAGCACAUAGUCGGAUUUAUCGUGGAAUCUACAAGCAGAGAGCUGUUGCUGUGAAAAUGGUGAGAAUUCCAACCCAGAGGGAGGAGACCAGAACCUUACUUGAGCAGCAAUUUAAGUCUGAAGUUGCCCUGCUUUCACGUCUCUUUCAUCCCAACAUAGUGCAGUUUAUUGCAGCUUGUAAAAAGCCCCCUGUGUACUGUAUCAUCACGGAAUAUAUGUCACAAGGAACGCUGAGGAUGUAUCUCAACAAGAAGGAGCCAUACUCUCUUUCAACAGAAACAAUACUGAGGUUAGCUCUUGACAUAUCCCGAGGAAUGGAGUAUCUUCAUUCUCAAGGGGUGAUCCACAGGGACCUCAAAUCCAAUAACUUGCUUCUUAAUGAUGAAAUGAGGGUUAAGGUGGCAGAUUUUGGUACAUCGUGUCUUGAAACACAGUGCCGGGAAACCAAGGGAAACAAGGGAACUUACCGUUGGAUGGCACCGGAGAUGAUCAAGGAGAAACCUUAUACUCGGAAGGUUGAUGUUUAUAGUUUCGGGAUUGUGUUAUGGGAGCUGACAACAGCUUUGCUUCCCUUUCAAGGAAUGACCCCUGUGCAGGCUGCAUUUGCUGUGGCUGAAAAGAAUGAACGCCCUCCAAUGCCGGCUAGUUGUCAACCGGCGCUUGCACACCUGAUCAAGCGCUGUUGGGCAGCAAACCCUUCAAAGCGGCCGGAUUUUAGUGACAUUGUGUCUGCUUUGGAGAAGUAUGAUGAGUGUGUGAAGGAGGGCCUUCCUCUGACGCACCAUUCCGGGCUGGUGAGCAGAAAUGUUAUUGAACGCUUGAAAGGCUGUGUAUCCAUGAGCUCCUCUUCUGUACCUGUACAAGCCUAAGUCCACAUUAUAAGGUAUUGCUGUUGUUAUUUCCAUCAUAAAAGGCUGUCAAAUGAGUCAAUGAAUGAGUCCAUUGUAAUUUUAACAUGAUGUUCUUUUAAUUAUCUUAUGUAACUGUAU